ACAGAGACCACACACAGAACAUCAGCUUCUCCAGCGCACACACAUACAGACGAGAGAAGAUGCCGUUUGAGAAACAGAGACAGCAGCAGGCGCUCAUCCUGAGCAGAGAGGUGAAGGGAGGUCUGAAUUUGGGAAAGAAGAUCAGCGUUCCGCGGGAUGUCAUGAUGGAGGAGCUGAAUCUCACCUCUAACCGAGGAUCCAGAAUGUUUCAGGAGCGUCAGAGGAGAGUGGAGAGAUUCACACUGGAGAGCACAGCCGGUUCUCCACUCCUCAUUUAUAAUGACAUGGAACCGAAUCAAAACCAGAAUCAGAUGAUGACAGACAUGGAGGGAGGGAAAGAAAACCUGAGAUACGGAGCGGUUGGUAAACACAUCAGUCUGAAGGGUAACCCCAGCAUCCUGGCACCAGGUUACACCGGGCCCUUGAGAGAGAUCCCUCGAGAGAAGUUUAAUUCCACCGUCAUCCCAAAAUCAUACUGCUCACCGUGGAGAGAAGCCCUGGGAGACAGCGAGGAACUCCUGUCCUCACUCGAGGCCCAGCUCUCUCAAACUCCAGAGAAACUACCUCCGGCCAACUACAGGUGCUUUAACAGAGCUGCAAUGCCGUUCGGAGGUCCAGUGUGCAGUCACAGGGUGGUUCCUGUUAUUGCAUUCGAACAACCCGAGAUCCACAAUCUCCCCGCCGUGACACUGGCCACGAUGUCCAAACGGCCAAACUUCAACAGAGCCCCGCGGGGAUGGGGCGUCAGAUACUCGCCCGAGUCCAACGACCUGUGAACCCGCUGCACGUCCAGCAUGCCGUUUCAUGUUAAAGAAAAGACUGUGGUGCCGUCACCACACAUGCUUUGCUCUAUUGCAGCGGUUCUCAAUCCUGGUCCUCGCGACCCCCCGCUCUGCAUAUUUUGUAUGCUUCUCCUACCGCUUCGGAGGUUUGUUUAAUACACCCAUAAGAGCCCUGCGAAGUAAACAUCACUAGAUAUUCUGACAUAAAUCCAGUUCGAAAUGGGCAUAAUGUUGCGCAAAUCUCAAAAUUACGGUUAAAUAACCCUUCAAUCUUCCGUAGUAGGUUUUGUUCUUCGUGUUAAGUUAACGUCAGCCGAUUUCCUCUGUGCAAGGAGUAGAGAGCAAUGAACACAGUUCAGGGAACACGUCAAUCGGAACGCGGUUCAUUCAUUAAGCUCUCUUCUAAUGAGCUAGAGAUUUAAAUCAGGUGUGUUAAACAAGAGAGAUAAACACAAAAUAUGCAGAGCGGUGGGUCGCGAGGACCAGGAUUGAGAACCGCUGCUCUAUUGGACUGAACCGCUUUGUAUCCUACAGGUGAAAGGUCAGAGGGAACCAUGCUUGACAGAGCACACGAGGAUGACAGAUGGUUUUAGCUCAGUGCUUACAAAUAGAAGCAGUUGCUCUCCUAGAGAAACACAGACAACUGUUGAAAGGUUUCACUUAAGAAAUAACUUCUAGAUAAAACGUAUUCAUAUCAGACAUAAAGGAUAUUGCCAAACAAUUUGAAUAGGUACAUUUUAGGGAGGGGGGUUGUAUAGAUGAUGUUUGUGUAGCCCAUUUCAGGCAUGCAGUGCAACAAAUGUUACCGUUACAUCAAUAUCGCACUUUAUAAAAUAUAGAUUCUUUACAGAAUCAAAAUGA